AUGAGUCUACAGGAAGAACCGCAGAAAAAGCGAUUGAAGACUGGCAUUACCCGUGUUCGCACUGGUUGCUAUACAUGUCGGCGGCGGAAGGUCAAGUGUGAUGAAGCCAAACCGGCAUGUCGAGCCUGUGGCCAGCUUGGUCUUCGUUGCGAGGGCUAUGCACCACGUUACAAGUUCUGCGAUCCCCAAACCUUUGAAACCAUCCAGUGGGCUACAACAGUGGUGCCGGGGACAGGCUCUCCAUCCCAACAAUUAUUAUCGCCUAAAUCAUUAAGAGAUUCUGAAACCUCACUAUAUCCUGCCAGUUCCGCAUCGGUUGCGGGCUCAGACACUGCGAGCGAUUUCCCUUCAUCGGUAGUUGGGACCUUGAACCACAGCAAGCCAUCUCUGGUCGAGUCGUCUGCCGCAGGCUCCCGAGCUCAAUUAGACGCCAGCUUUCAUGAUCAGUUCUCCCCUUUUAGCGAUAAUAUUAUCGACACGGUUUAUAACUUAGGCCUCACACACUAUUCCGAGUCGGACUUCUAUGUUGAACGGAUGGAUCGCUCGUCUGGCAUAACGGACAUGUUUCUAGGCGACAUAGCUAGUCCCACCGAAUGCGCCGGUACUAUUCAUAUUUCAGCCAUAUCAGAGAAUUCGCCGUCCAGUUUUAGCAAUGACGUCUAUCAGCCUUUACACUUAACUAAUAUGAACAAUAAUCAAUCUCUUGGCGAGCUUUACCUAACGCAAUGGCACAACGUCGUGGCACCUCUACUACCGUCGGUGUUUCAUGACAUCACUACAGAUAUGCCGGAAUUUCCGCCUCUGAAAAAUGCAGCUCUAGCUAUUACAGCGGCCUACGUGGCCCACCUCGAGUCUUUGACGAUCCGAAGGGCCCAUAGAAGCAAAGAGUCAUGUUAUAUACCACAAAAAGACCACCAAUACCAAAGCUUGCAAUACUAUAAUAAAAGCAUUCAAGGCAUUGGAAGAUCUUUCGAAAUAGCACAGGCGAAUCCUGUCCACGUCCUAGCAGCAUUACUUCUAUCUUACUACUUCGAGCUAGAUUCCGGGUCCUUCGCGGGUGGUAUUGGGCACAUGACCGUCAUUGACAAAUUUCUUGCCUCCAACCACGAGGAAAUUAAGAUAAAUCCUACAGGGCAAAAGUUGCUUUGCACGUGGAUGAAUCUCCGCUCCCAGUUCGUGAAUCGGUACCUUGGAGGAUACAGGUCAUCAGAGCCUCCUCAUACAAUCGACACAUUCCCACUAAAUCGCAUGAUAGAUAAUGGAGGGUCGCAUCACGAUUCCAUAAUUAUCAUGUUGUGUGAUUGUAAAUUAUUGAGCCGAAAGAUUAUUCUCGACUGGUGUGUGACACGAGGGGAGUCUCGCAACGCUGGUAACAAGACUCCAAUAGAAAAUAUACUUACCAAGACGUCACUUCCAAAAUCACGGUAUGAUUCAAUGUCCCAGUUGGCCAUAAUCGACGAGCGGUACCAGGAUUCCUUAGAAAAGCAACGUGCAAGGUUAGAUAAGUGGCACUCUGAUCUCGAUCUAUCCGAGCUCCCAAUAGACAGCUACACAUCACAACGCAAGGACUUGCUCACCGAGCAAUCGUCUAAACUUGACAUAUUUCCUUUGAAAUUCCACAGCUUUGAGGCCGCGAUGAACUAUGCCUAUUACGCACACGCUCAGAUGUUAUGCUCUGAGGAAACGAUAGAUCGGCUGGAAGAUCCGGCAUUUGUCGAGCCGGCCUUUACGAGAAAAGAUUCCCCAUGGGUGGAGCUUAUACUACGCAUUACUCAAGGACUUAAUAUCGCUGAGUGCAUCUAUAAGAACACUUUCAACGCCGGCAUUCUACCGAUUAUUACUUCCUGCAUGGUUGCUUGUCCUCGGGCGGACGUGGCAUCAUGGAUUGAGGAUUGGCUACGGAAAGUGGAAGACUUCGGUAUUCCACUUGAAAGCGGACUGCCAUUCGGGAUAAUUAAACGAACUAUCCGUUUUAUAUUAAACCAGAGGCAGAAUAGGCGUCAUGUACUGCUUAUCUUACCCCUAGACAUUGAAGAUGCGGAAAAGUCGGAUCUUUACCACAGUGAUUUCAAGAUGCAAGUUGUAGUCUGCGGAAAGAACACACGAACAGGGAAGUUAUAUAAUGAGAUUGCUGAAAUACCCGAAAUAUGA